GAUAAUUGUUUUCUUCCUUUGCUGCCAAAUCUCCUGACCGGCUGAGACGGGCCGUAGUGAAUGAAACAGGAAGAGCCGGAGGACGUCUUAACCCACGUUUUGCAGGGCGGCUAAGCUCCGCCCCUCCUGGAGGGACUCAGGGAGGCGCCGGCGGUGAAUGAGCAGCGCUCCCUGAAGGAGCAGCGGACAGAUGCGUCGGUGUGCCGGUACCGGCGACUCGCUGAGCCCAGCUGGGACACGGCCGGUGGCGGACAGGUGACUCUGCAGGGAUGUCGUCAUCCCUCCUCUUCCUCCUCCUCCUCUUCGUCCCCACCUUGAUGCUGGAGUUCCGUUACCACAGCAACAGCGAGAUCGAGCAGUACCUCUUCCAGGUCAGCGCCGCCAACCCCGACAUCACACACCUGUACAGCAUCGGCAAGUCGGUCAAAGGACAGCAGCUAUGGGUGUUGGCUCUGGGCCUCAGCCCUCGCCACCACACCGUCGGCGUCCCAGAGUUCAAAUAUGUGGCGAACAUGCAUGGAAACGAGGUCCUGGGCCGCGUGCUCCUGCUCCAGUUGAUCGGCGAGCUGGUGCGAGGCUACCGUGACGAGGAAGCGUGGUCGCUGCAGCUGCUCAACAGCACGCGGAUCCACAUCCUGCCGACGAUGAACCCCGACGGGUUCGAUGAAGCGGACACGCACUGCCUGUUCAGCCGGGGAAGGUUCAACUACAACGGCGUCGAUCUGAACAGGGGAUUUCCUGACGCUUUCGCCGGUCUCAGAAAGCAGCAGCAGCUGAACGAGGAGCAGAGGGAGGCUGAGGUGAGAGCUGUGAUUGGCUGGUUGAAGUCCGAGACUUUUGUUCUGUCUGCCAACCUUCACGGAGGAGCAGUGGUGGCCAGUUACCCUUACGACAACAGCGACAGAGGUUUUGAUCUGACGGGGGCAGCCAGCGUCACUCCUGAUGACGACGUGUUUGUCCACCUGGCUAAGGUGUACUCUUACAACCACGCAUCCAUGCACCGGGGGGAUCUCUGCGACGACAGCGGACCUUUCCGGGACGGCAUCACCAAUGGAUACCACUGGUACCCUCUGGAAGGUGGAAUGCAGGACUACAACUACGUAUGGGCGCAGUGUCUGGAGCUGACUCUGGAGCUUUCCUGCUGCAAGUUUCCUCAACCGAAUGAACUUCCUGCUCUAUGGAUGGACAACAAAAAGGCUCUGCUGGCUUAUAUCCAGCAGAUCCACCUGGGAGUGAAAGGCCGAGUGUUCGAUGGUUCGGGAACGCCGGCGCAGAACGCAGUGGUGGAGGUGGAGGGUCGCAGCAAUAUGUGUCCGUUCAGAACCAACAAACACGGAGAAUAUUAUCGGCUACUGCUGCCUGGAAACUACACUUUCAAAGUGACAUAUGCAGGUCAUGACGUGCUGACAGAAACCCUCAGCGUCCCAUAUGGCCCAGAUCAGUACUCUGCAAUGAAACAUGACUUCAUGUUACGACGCACCGCUUCAACGACUGUCAGAGCUCCAGCUGAGCUGAACCCUACCUGUAAUUACACAUUACCCCCCAAAGGAGGAGGCGCCACAAGCGGCUCCGCAUGGACUGGACUGACAGUAGGGUUCGGCUUAGUAACAGUGUUGCAAUCGCUGAUAGACUGACGUUAUCCUGACAGAAAAUAUGGCCUCGCAGGAGGUGGUCACAGGAUUCAUUACAGCAGCAAUACUAAACGGUCUGUGACUCACUGAACCAAACUCAACAAGACCAAAACAAAGCAUGAAAAAGUUCAGAGGUAACCGAAAGGCAUGUAGAGACUGAAGUUGCUGCCAGUUUUGUGGCUCCAAAAACGUCAAGACUGAAGUCUGAAGCUGCUUAACGCGGAAGGAGAGGGUGCUGCCCAGUAUUGGUUCUUAAAAAAACAUUGUUUUAUCAACAUUAAUAACCAGAAAAAGCAGCAAAGAUUUCAAAAUGUAAGAGAAAUGAUGGCUGGAUUCCAUCUAUCUGUUUUAGUUUCAGGCUCUUAAUGUUUUUUUAAUAUAAAUGUGCAACACAUUUAACCAAAUUUUAAGUAUUCACAACUACUAAUAGAACGCUGACAUGAUGAAAAUUAGAUUUUUUUUUUUUUAUAUAUCUAACUGCCUUUUACCUAAAUUAUGUCUUAAAAGCUGUUAGACAACUAACAGCAAAGAUGUCAAGAUAAUUGUACAGUAUUUAUGUGACAUUAAUUUCAGAGAAGGUAUUACAACUUGCUACAAGCUACUGUGCUAACCAAAAAUUUAAUAAUCCCCUUUUCUCAGUAAAACUGUUUUUAAUCAAAAAAUAAGAUAACAGCUACAACAGAUUGGCCAUAUUUGUUAAAGCAGCAAGCUAGCUAACGCUACAGCUAAAAAAAAAAGUUUGGUCACAAUAAUUUGAAUAAUCUUUCACAGGAAAUUAUCCACAUUCAUGUGCUAACAACAUUUAAUAUCUCACAUUAUGUAUGCGUAAUAUGGGAAGACCGGAUGUCCCCGAUUUCCGGGAACUAUUCCCGAUUUUGACAACUUGUCCCGGGCUAAAGCUCUUCCCGGAAAUGUCCCCGAUUUCACCACUUAUAAACUUUAUUUUUAAACAAAAGUAAUAACAAUAAAUGCAACUUAUGAUUUCAAAGAAAAGAUCCUAUAUAUUUACUUUACUUAUCUAUUUGAGCGGCUAAUAGUAAAGGCAGUGGCUCAAUCCGAAUAACCUUAUAGAGUGAGGACUCUUUAGCCAUAGCAGAAGUGUUGUUAUCAAGAGUAAUCGUUAGCUAUUAGGUACCUAGCUAAAGCUUGAACAAAUGUUGGUCAUAUAUGUGUCAUAUAUGUUUUCUUUUUCACAAACUAUCCUUGUUUGUGAACUAACAUUGUAUGUUUUCACAUUCUAUUAAUAACUUAAUCCAAUCACCAAUUGCUUGCUGAAGCUAACCAGUUAGCAUCUCUGGUAAAACAGUUAGCAAUAGUUUUUACUAAUACUUAGCUUUUAGCAAAAUCACAUAUCUUAUUUUUAUGUAUUUACUGUCUGGAACAAUAGAUAUUUGAUUAUUGAUCUAAAAACGUUGUAUAGCCUUGGUUUUCUUAUUCAAUUAAAUUCCAAAAUACUUUAUUAAUCCAAAAGGAAAAUUAAAUAGCCACAUUCAUAUUAAAGCCAUAAUCCUGAAAAUUACAAGAAACAAAGUGUUAAAAUAUUUGUGACAAAAAUGUUUAACCUUUUCUAGCUAUAAAGUUAAAGCAGAUUUAGCUAUGAUACGUUUUUUUUGCCUUGAAUUGUUCACAGAAGGUUAUCCAGUUUUAUAAACCAACAUUUCUCUGUAGGUCUUGCUUCAUACAGAUUAUAACGAACCUACAGCGGAAGUAAAGUAGUAAUUAGUCAACCAAACAAGUCUAACGGCCUAGUUUGUUUUAGCUUUAGCAGUAUUUCAGAAAAUGUCUAAAUUAAGGCUAAUAACCCUGAAGACCCACAUUUUAGAUUGGUCAAUACUAGAUACAAUUUUUCUAUCUUUUUUUUUUUAGAUAUAUUAUGCCCUCAAGUGAUUUAAAGUGAGUGGAUCUUUCCAGUAACUUAAAUAAGGCCAUAAAUUUGAAUUUAAAAUGGAACCCGGGACACUGGAAAUUGCCAACAGUAAGUUAAGUUUUUUGUAAA